CCAACGUCCUGGAGGCGGGGCUGGCGUCGGCCCGGGUUCUGGCCUCACAAACACACCCCAGCAUCGCCAGAGGUUGAGGUGACUGAGCAUUUGAAAUUGAGUGAGUCAUUCAAAUUUUCAUGGAUCCUGUAUUUCCUCUUGCAGGACCCCAGAUAAAUGGCAGAUUUUCUUCAAAGAUGGUACCUUUCUACUUUCCUCCAUCAAAAUGUGUACUUUGGAACCAAACUCCAAUUGGGGAUUUCGCCUACUUACAUCUUAAUUAUUACAGCAUGCAAUAUGAUAGGUAUUUUCUUUAUUCUUUAGAUGAAGAAGGUGUGACAUUGACUAUAGAUCGCUUUGAUCCUGGUCGAGAAGUACCUGAGUCUUUAGAAAGAUCUCCAACUGCUUCUCUUCCUGGGGACUUUUUGAUUCCAUGUAAAGUUGAUACAGAAGGACUUUCUUCAAAAGAAAUGAUAGUUCACAGUGCAGAUGACUUCAGUUCAGCUUUUAAGGCGCUGCAGCACCAUGUAUGUAGCAAAGAUUCCUUGGACUGUGGUAAGCUGCUUUCCCUACGAUCUCUCAUAACGUCCAGGGAGAGUUUGGACACGCUGGAUUUUGACUUUCACUGGACAGUACUAACUCUAGCGAAUUCCUUUAAAUGCACACCUGUGAAGCCUAUCCCCAUAAUUCCAACAGCCUUGGCAAGAAACUUGAGCAGUAAUCUGAGUAUUUCUCAAGUUCAAGGAACCUAUAAAUAUGGAUACCUUACCAUGGAUGAAACACGCAAAUUGUUACUUUUGCUGGAAUCUGAUCCCAAGGUUUCUUCCUUACCACUAGUGGGAAUUUGGCUGUCCGGAAUUAUUCAUAUUUAUAGUCCUCACACAUGGGCUUGCUGUUUGCGGUAUAUAUUCAAUUCUUCUUUUCAAGAAAGGGUGUUUUCAGAAUCUGGAAGCUUCAUCAUAGUUCUCUAUUCUAUGACACAUAAGGAUCCUGAGUUUUAUGAAUGCCUCCCUUGUGGCGGUGGGAUUACUGACCUUCAGUUUCAGUUGCUAACCAGCAAGGAAGCAUUACAGCUUUUCAAAAAUGCUGAAUCUUCCGACAAGAAUCCAAUCUACUUUGAAAUGACUGCUGAAAGCCAGAAUGCUGAAGCAGAAUUUUUCAAAAAGGUUUCCAAGAAUCUUUCAAUUAAGAGGUCUUCUCAGAAGUUGCCUCCAGGGAAAAUGUUAAUAAGUGAUCAAGACUCUGGCGUGGAAGAUGAAGACUUUUCUCCAAGACCGAUUCCCAGUCCUCACCCAGUGAGCCAGAAGGUGUCCAAGAUCCAACCGUCGGUUCCCGAACUUUCACUUGUGUUGGAUGGCAAUUUUAUAGAAUCAAGUGCUCAGCAUAAUCCAUUGGAAAUGAUGCAUAAGGAAAAUCCUUUGCUGGUUGAUCAUUCUGAACACUUGCAGCCAAUGCAUUCCCAGCUUCAUGAGGAGAAGCACAGCCCAGAUGCUGAAGCUGGAGAACCAGCCGUGAAAGAGCUACCAAAUCAGUUAGACCAAGGCACUGCUCCACUGAGGCAUUGCAAUGUUAGACACCCACUUUCCUGCAAGAAAAGGAGCACCCACCUCGGGCACACUGUUCAGUUACCUUCUCUUAAUGGACUGUCUCCUGGGACAUCUGAAAGGCGUCAAGUACUUCCUGCUGAAAAUGUCCCAAGAGAAGAGUAUCCUUUACGACCCUCCACACUCCAUUCCUUGCAGCCUUCUUUUGCCCCACAGACUCACCCACACAACUUUGUUUUUUCACCUCACACUUCAAGAAGACCAGUGGAGCUUCAGAUCCCUGCUGCUCCCACCCCAUCUUAUUAUUCCACGCAUGUCUGCAGUUGUUGCCAGCAUCAUGGCCAUGUUCAAUAUAACCCCAUACCUUCUUGGCAAGGAGGAAUGAAUUCAGUAGGAUCUGUUCAAGACCUCCAAUGUGAAACCCUUCAAAAGCAUUCAGUGUUUCAUCCAAAUGGAUAUCCAGCUGUGUACCACACUGCGUAUUAUUCUUCAAGUAGUCCGAUAGCCAUGAGAUCCCAGAGAGGCAUGGGUGGUUCUCCCCACAGCACCACGGAACCAUCACCUGUGGCAAGACUGCCUUCACAUGUAGACUCUUGUAACCCCCAGCCGUGUGCAGCGUGCCUGCACACUCCCACAACUGGAGCAGAUGAUGGGAUGAUGGGACUGUCUCCGGAUGCUUAUCGAUUCCUCACAGAACAAGACAGACAGCUGAAACUACUUCAGGCGCAGAUCCAGCGUCUGUUGGAAGCACAGUCCCUGCAGCCUUGUACCCCCAAGACGGCCCCUGCUGAAGACAGUGCUGGACAGCUGGAGUUGGUUUCCAUGGCGCCACACUCUCCUGGCCUGCCCACGAGUAAAGGUGUGAGCAUUGCUGUGAGCACAGGUGCUAGCUUGUUUUGGAAUGCAGCAGGUGACGAGCAAGAGGCUGAAUCUCAGCUGAAACAAGAUGACACCAAAAUUUCCAGUGAGGACAUGGAUUUUUCUGUUAAUAUUAAUAAUGAAGGCACAAGUCUUCCAGGCAGUGCAUCUUCAUUAAAAGCAGUUGACAUCCCCAGUUUUGAAGAGAGCAACAUCAUUGUGGAAGAAGAAUUCAAUCAUCCACUUUCUGUCUCCAACUCUUCCCCGCAGAGAAAAGAAGCCGAUGCGCCGGUGUUUUUUCCCAAUUCCCUGUUGGCGGAAAGGGCAAACAUGCGCUUACAGACUGGGCCAACAGAGGGUGCUAGUGACAACGCGGUCACAUUAGAAGACCCCAAAACAGAGCAAGUAAUGCAGCCCUUACCUCAUCAACCAGCGGACAGCCAGCAAAUUUACCAGGAUUUGUUGGGUCAAGUGAACCACCUUUUAAAUAAGUCUUGCAAAGAAACAGAACAGCCAUCUACAAAAGCAGUAAUUAUCAGCCAUGAAUGUACCCGGACUCAAAAUGUUUACCAUGCAAAGAAGAAAAAACAUGAUGCCGCCUCAGUGGACAAAGAUUGUGUUCUUAAUGCCACCCUUAAGCAACUAAGGAGCCUUGGAGUAAAAAUUGAUUCUCCCACUAAAGUGAAGAAAAAUGCACAUAAAGUGGAUCAUGCCAGUGUGCUGGCAUGCAUCAGUCCUGAAGCGGUCAUCUCCGGACUAAACUACAUGUCAUUUGCUAAUGUUGGCGUGAGUGGAUUAAGCCCCACCGGUGUGGAUCUGAGCAUGGAGGCAAAUGCUAUCGCCCUGAAGUAUCUAAAUGAAAAUCAGUUGUCACAACUCUCUCUCACUCGAUCAAACCCAAAUAGUGGUGACUCAUCAUUUAGCCUUUUACAGAUCAACACAGACAAAAGCACUCUGGGGCUUAGUUUAAUCUCACCAAGCAACAUGUCGUUUGCAACCAAAAAAUACAUGAAGAGAUACGGACUCAUCCAAAGCAGUGACAACAGUGAAGAUGAAGAGGAGUCUCCAAAGACCACAGAUGGCAAGGGUGAACAGGUGUUGAAUCACAGCCGCUCAUCCGGGCCACAACAAUGUGUGUGUCAGAAAGAGCCUUCUAAGAAUGCCUGUGAAAUCAGUUGUAAGGCGUCUGUGGGCAUUCACCCAGAUGUGCCAGUACUGAGAAACAUUACAAAUGAAGUUGGCCAACCAAAGGCAGCACAGCAGGUACCGAAAAACCCAGCUUUCUUAUCAAAGAACCUUAAGCCAAGUCCUGCAGCAAACCUCCGAACUGGUAAAGCAGAGUUUACCCAACAUCCCGAGAAAGAAAAUACUAAGGAUGGUCCGGUUUUUCCAGAAAGUGUGCAGCCCUCUGAAACUUUAAGGCAGAUGAACAGCAUGAAUUCAGUAGGCACAUUCUUAGAUGUAAAACGUCUUAGGCAGUUGCCCAAAUUAUUUUAAGCCUUUAAUGACACCUUUCCUGAAGAUACUUAGGAAGCCAGCGCCUUUCGGAGUUCUUAAUCCUUCUCGAAGUCGUGUCUGUUUCAUGGUAGCUGCUCACUGCACUGAGCUGAUUCAGUGAGAUGCCUGGCAAGGCUGAGUUCUCUUUGUUCAAGCAGAGCUGUUCCAGUCGCUAAAACCGUAAAAAAGAAAGAAACCUGGAGAUAAGUUAUUAAAACAAAAUUGGGCACACAGACAUUGUCCCACUAAGAAUCUAAAUCGCCAUUUUAUACUGUACAUUUUAAAUAGUACACUUGUUUCCCAGCGUGUUCACCUCGGCAUAAAUCCAGUAUCACCUAAAAGAAUAUAAAGUUAUCAUGACUGACUAAUUAGCACAAUCAACCUUUACUGAGUUUCAGUGGAAAGUCUUUGUUCGUUCGUUUAUAAAUAUCUUUUGUACAAGGAGUGUAUUUCCUCAUAGUUAAGGUGUAUGUUAAACUCUCUGGAAGUAAAACUUUUGCAAUCUAGUGGGUUAAUGGUCAUGUGACACCUCCAUGUCUGUAGCACUAGUUAUCACAGAAUAAA